AUGCCCUGCAAGAAGCUCAUCAUGCUGACAGAAGACAUGAAGUUCUGGCAUGGCUUAGUGAUCGCACUUGUGUCCGUUGUCCUACAGGCCUGCCUCCUCGCAGCCAUCAACUACCUGCUCUGCAGGCACAUGGCCAAAAAGAAUGAACAGUUACUAGAAAGAGCCAGGCUACAAGCUCCUGGGCCCAGCCCUGCCCCGCACCACUCGCCUGCUGCCCAGAAGACGGAGACUCGGACAGAGAGAAGGGCCCCAGUGCCUGAGCCCCAUUACGGGAAUGACAGCGACACGUCCUCGGAUAGCUCCGACACCUCGGACAGUACCAGCAAUUCGUCUCCCACCUGCCAGGCCACCAAGGAUGUGAAUUACACACAAGUGGUCUUUUCAGCCACUGGAGAACGAAAAAACAAAUCUGCCCUGGACUAUGAGAAUAUAAAGGAAGCGACAGAUUAUGUCAACAUCAAUCCAAAAAACCACAAACACAAUUUCUAGACUUCUGU